AUGCAGUCCCCCCAAAAGGGAUUCCCACCUGGCAACAUGAGGCAGGGUCCACAGCAUGGAAGCACAAGGGGAGAAAGGGCGCACCCCCGGAACCCCACUCGCAAGAAGGGUAACCCAGUAACCUGGAACUGCACAAAGGCCACUCACAGCCCGCACAAAACGACUGAAACACAAGAGACACUCAAGGCACAGCUCCAAAGGCGGCCUUACAGAUGUGCAGAGACCCGACCUAAACUCCAGAGGGGCCCAGACUGGACGAGAGGACAGCAGAAGGAAAAGCAUAAAAUGGCUGCCAUGAAACUUCCAUACCAGGAUGGCAAUGACAGUCGACCACACCAAAAAAUAUGCAACACAGCCAAGACCCUGCGCUGCCUGCAAGGUGAAUCUGCCCUCUACAGGGGCGCCCUUACUCACCACACGACCGGAAUACAGAACAUGGAGCAAGUGAUCAGAGCAGACCACGAUCCGACAGGGUCGCUGCCCGGCGUACGAAACCGGCACAGAGCCCAUCCACAACCAACGAGGGAGGGGACCCCGCAACGCUCCGGGCCCACACGCCAAUCCUUCAGAGCUGGUGUCGGCUGA